AGGUUCACCCCGAAGUCUUUCGCAGCACUCACACUGAAACUAGGGUUUUGGAGCUUGUUUUCGAGGCACAAAAGCAACCAUGGCCGCCGCACCCAACGCCGCCGCCCCGCCGCGCCAGCUCUCCCAAAAGGAAGCCGACAUCCAGAUGAUGUUGGCUGCCGACGUUCACCUCGGCACGAAGAACUGUGACUUCCAAAUGGAACGUUACAUCUUCAAGCGCCGCAACGAUGGUAUUUACAUUAUCAACCUUGGUAAGACAUGGGAGAAGCUUCAGCUUGCUGCUAGGGUUAUUGUUGCAAUUGAGAACCCUCAGGAUAUUAUUGUGCAAUCAGCUAGGCCUUACGGUCAGAGGGCGGUUCUCAAAUUUGCUCAGUACACUGGUGCUCAUGCCAUUGCUGGAAGACACACUCCCGGAACCUUUACCAAUCAGCUCCAAACCUCUUUCAGCGAGCCUCGCCUCCUUAUCCUUACGGAUCCAAGAACUGAUCAUCAGCCCAUUAAGGAAGCUGCUCUUGGAAACAUUCCCACCAUUGCUUUUUGUGACACUGACUCGCCCAUGAGGUAUGUUGACAUCGGAAUUCCUGCCAACAACAAGGGAAAACACAGCAUUGGAUGUCUCUUUUGGCUUCUUGCCAGGAUGGUGUUGCAAAUGAGGGGUACCAUUCGUCCUGGCCUCAAAUGGGAUGUUAUGGUGGACUUGUUCUUCUAUAGAGAACCAGAGGAGGCUAAACAACAAGAGGAAGAGGAAGCUCCUGCCGGUGAUUAUGCCAUCACUGACUAUAAUCCUGGUGCUAUUGCUGCUGAUGGCCAGUGGCCCGGAACGAUUGAUCAAUCGUGGACAGAUGCAGUUCCACAACCUAUUCCAGCUGUUCCUGGUGUCAACUGGGGAGCGCCACCCUCUGCAGAAGCUCCUGUCGCAGGAGAUUGGGGCGAGGCUGUUCCACCGCCACAACAAAUACCUCUUCCACCUACCGGAGUUGAAUCUGUCCAACCAACUGGAUGGGAUUAAAUUGUUGUUUUUGAUGCCAUGAUUUUGCCCUGUCUUGCAAUUUAGUUUACUCUUUCGAAGUAAAAUAUGGAUCAGUUUUUUUUAGCAAAGGAACAUGUUUUUUGGUUUGAGUGUCAGAAAUCUUAUUAUUAACAUCGUAUAUUCGGUAAGAUUUUAUUUUACUGUUGAAAACAUGGUUCUUGAAUGUUAGGUAAUAUGUUUUUUUGCAACUUCUUUAUUUACUAUUUAUCGAGUAUUUCGAAUA